CUGCCUCUUUCACACUCCACCCUCCCUUCAAAAGCACUCGUCCCCCUCUCCGCAUCUGCUUUUCGCUCACUCUUUUUUACCUCACUGACUCCAGCACACCACCACACCACCCUCGACCAGCCCGCUGUUUAAUGGUCAACACCCCACUGGAUGACCCACUCUCGACUCGCUCGCUCGAACAGCAUGUCGAAUCUAUAAGCCAGGUGGAAGGGAUCCUCAUGGACGACUCUCGGAUCCCUCAACGCUCGACCACAACCAGCUUUCAAAAGUACCACCCAGUACAUCCCGGCAGCGACGAUAACGAGGACGAAGAGGAUGAAGAGGACGAGGAGGAGGAUGGAAUCAGCGAGAUCCAGCCUGUGAUGACUAAGUCAUCUCGACAGAAGAAUGCUGGCAAGAGGCCCACUGCCCAUGAUCCCAUUCAUGAUCGAUGUGUCCAGCAUAUCUUUCUCGAGGAGGAGGAUGUACAGUUGACAUUUUUGGGAUACAGGAUCAUUCAGUCCCGUCUCUACCUCUACUAUUUGGCAUGCAUCUUGAGCGGAGGAAUCAUCUUCUUACUUGGACGAUGGAUGCCUCAGUACUACAUCUCCUUUGUGGCCAGGAAAUGCACCAUGGGUCAGGCAGGAUUUAUUGUUGUCGAGAACGAGUGGGGUCAGACGGCGAUGGAGAAAAUCUCCAGCAAGUACUACGGGGGACCUAUCAGCUCUGUCUUUAGCCCUGAGCAGAUGGAAAAGCUAGGGGACAAUGAGGAAUACGAUGAUGCGAGGUUAACAAGAGUAAUGCACGACAUGAUGUACUUUGACUACCAGUAUAUUCGGUUCAUCUACAAUCCUGUGGCGCAUAUGUUCAUGCAGAAUUCGCACUGGAAGGACUCUGAAUGGUCGAGCAUCACUACGUGUGAGCGGGGACUGGAGCGGGAGACCUAUCAGGAAAGAGCCAUGGUCUUUGGUUCGAAUUUGAUCGAUGUUCAGGAAAAGACGAUUGGACAGCUACUCGUUCAGGAGGUGCUUCAUCCGUUCUACAUCUUCCAGGUCUUUUCGAUGGCUCUUUGGUUCGCGGAUGACUAUUAUUACUACGCAGCCUGCAUUCUUGUCAUCUCAACCGUGUCCGUCAUUUCGGAACUGAUUGAGACGAAAAAGACCAUGAAGCGCAUGCGUAAUAUGUCGAGGUUUACCUGCAACGUGAAAGUUUGUAGGACUGGCAGAUGGCGCUACGUCGGAUCAGAGGAAUUGGUGCCAGGAGACGUUUUCGAGAUGACAGACACGGAGCUCUCAGUAUUUCCGUGCGACGCUGUUUUGUUGACCGGAGACUGCAUCGUGAAUGAAAGCAUGCUAACAGGAGAGUCCGUGCCAGUCUCAAAGAUCCCGGUCACAGAAAGGGGAUUACAGCUACUGGAUUUGUCCAUAGCGAACAUACCCUCCGACCUCGCUCGACAUUUCUUGUUCUCUGGAACCAAGAUCAUUCGUGCCCGUCCAGGACAAAGUGCAAAGAAGACACUCAAUACAGACGAUGCUGAAUAUGGGAUGGCUCAACCAGCAAGGGGGUUGGCCAUGGUUGUGCGCACAGGAUUCAACACAACCAAGGGUACACUUAUCCGAUCGAUGCUUUUUCCUAAGCCAAACGACUUUCAGUUCUAUCGUGACUCAUUCCGGUUCAUCGGCAUCCUUGCGUGUAUCGCCUUUUGCGGCUUCUUGGUCUCCACCGUCAAUUUUAUCAGGAUGGGUGUUCCUCUCAGACUGAUGAUUAUCAAGGCGUUGGAUCUGAUUACGAUUGUUGUUCCACCGGCUCUUCCAGCGACCAUGUCGAUCGGCACUAGCUUUGCGAUUGCGAGAUUAAGACGCUCAAACAUCUUUUGCAUCAGUCCCACGAGGGUGAAUAUUGGCGGCAAGAUCAACUGCAUGUGCUUCGACAAGACAGGAACUUUGACCGAGGAUGGCUUGGAUAUUUUGGGCGUCCAGUGUGGCAAUAGCGAGACGGGCUUGUUUGGAUCCAUGAUAACGCAUGCAAGGGAUCUGUCUCAGGCAUCGGAUUCUACCCAGGACAAGCGUACCUCGCUUCUGUAUACCAUGGCGACUUGUCACUCUGUCAAGUCCCUUGGAGGGGAGCUCAUCGGUGAUCCCUUGGAUCUCAAGAUGUUCGAUUUCACGCAAUGGAUUCUGGAGGAGGGUGGUCUGGGUAUGAGAACCUCUGAAGUCCCUGAGGAUCCCACGCAACGCAAUAAGGGUUCCGGAGGAAGCGUUGUAUCGACCAUUGUUCGACCUCCAGGUACUAAGCAGUUUAAUUUGGACGAAGUGCUCUCGCACCACCCAACAGAGAUGAACGAAUCGGCGUCAUUCUUGGAACUUGGCAUUAUCCGCUGCUUUGAAUUUGUCUCGUCCCUUCGACGCAUGAGUGUCAUCGUUAAGAAGCUGCACAGUCCGGGGAUGGAGAUCUACGUCAAAGGUGCGCCUGAAGCCAUGACGGAUAUCUGUUUGAAAGAAUCCCUGCCAGCCGACUACACAGAGCGUCUCUCUUAUUACACGCAUCAUGGGUACCGCGUCAUUGCUUGCGCCAGCAAGCCGAUGCCCGCCCUGAAUUUCGUCCGCGCGCAACGCAUCAAGCGAGAGCAGGUGGAGAGCGAGCUGACGUUCCUUGGAUUCAUCGUCUUUGAAAACAAGCUGAAGCCAACCACGGCGCCAGUGAUCGCCACCCUUACCAACGCUCAAAUUCGAAAGGUGAUGUGCACCGGGGAUAAUGUCCUUACUGCUAUCAGUGUGUCCAGGGAGUGUGGACUGAUUGAUCGGGCCAGGGAGGUUUAUGCCCCGAGGUUUGUUUUUGGAGAUUCGACUACUCAGAACUCGAAGAUCGUUUGGGAGAACAUUGACGACAACCGCAUGACUUUGGACUCUAUGACUCUCAAGCCAGCUACGAUAGAGACGGGCAAUACUACGGGUGGAGGCCCAGAAUUCCCAUCCUACAUUCAUCUGAUGAACGACUACGUCCUUGCGGUGACGGGCGACUGCUUCCGUUGGAUGAUUGACUAUGCUCCGACCUCGACCUUGAACAGAAUGCUCGUCAAGGGUCAAAUUUUCGCUCGCAUGUCACCGGAUGAAAAGCACGAGCUCGUGGAGAACCUCCAGGCGAUCGGAUACUGCGUAGGAUUCUGUGGAGAUGGAGCGAACGAUUGCGGAGCCCUCAAGGCUGCAGACGUUGGGAUCAGUCUUAGCGAAGCUGAAGCGUCCGUUGCAGCACCGUUCACGAGUCGAUCGAAUGACAUCGGAUGUGUCGUCAAAGUCAUUCAGGAGGGUCGUGCUGCGUUGGUGACUAGUUUCAGCUGCUUCAAGUACAUGGCGCUUUAUAGUAUCAUCCAGUUCACGACUGUCAGCUUCUUGUACGCGUUCGCAUCCAAUCUCGGCGACUUUCAGUUCUUAUAUAUUGAUCUGGUGCUGAUCUUGCCCAUUGCAGUGUUCAUGGGUCGCACCGAGGCGUUCUCGACUUUGAGUCCCAAACGCCCGACUGCCAACCUGGUGUCGAAGAAAGUCUUGACGUCGUUGAUUGGACAGAUCCUCAUCCAGGGAUGUUUCCAAGCGACUUUGUACUGGAUCGUGCGUCAUCAGGAAUGGUAUAGACCUCCGAAAUAUGAGCGGGGGCAGAAGAACAUUGAGUGUUUUGAAAACACCAGUUUAUUCUUCUUGUCGAUCUUUCAGUACUUGCUGAUGGCGAUUGUUUUCAGUGUUGGACCGCCCUACAGAAAGCCUAUGUCCUCGAAUCGCCCAUUUGUGUUCAUCACCAUUGGACUGGUCCUGUUGUCUGCCGGUAUGGUUCUCUUCCCUACGGACUGGCUGUCGAGUUUCAUGCAGCUGCUCGAUAUCCCGUUUGGCUUCCGUAUCUUUAUCUUGUUCAUGGCGGCAUUGAACCUUGGCCUCGCCUUGGUUGCGGAGCACUUUUUCUUCCCGAACAUUGCCUCAGUAAUCGGAGGCUUCGUCCAACGUGCUCGUCGGAAAGCGGAGAGUAACAAUCAUAGCAGCAUCUCCCAGCAGGCACAGCGAGGUCACAGCCAUCAGACAUGGGUUGAGGUCGAUUCGUCGGACACCUCUGUGAGUGCUCCGUUGAUGGCAGGGGAUGAGUUUGUGGUGGAAAGAGCGGUAAGACCGAAGGGGACCAAGAUCUAUAAAGAGGUUGAGGAAGAGAUGAAUCAGCUAUGACAUCGAGAGGAGGCCUAAACAAAGAAUAAAACCUAGAGGCCUAGAAAAACUGAUGGACCAAGGCACUAGGAGAAAAAAAAAUAGAUAGUCAGGGCAUUACCAAAUGCACGUGGCGUGGAGGCCAAUCCUUGUUGCUCAAUUCUAGACUUUUUUUUUUUUUGAAGAAUGCGGGGGAAACCAAAAUUGGCAAGGUGAAGGAUAUAUUGCAGGAUGUCUAGUCGCGACUGUACGUAGAAAACGUUGAAGCUCAAAAGCCUUUGGACUGGAGGUCAUAUUGACAAACAACGAACAUUGAUUUGUAGAAGGAGG